AUGGGAUUGAGGCCAGUCAUUGUGCUUUCGCUUCUUUCAGUGGCUUUUGGAGAGACUUUCCUGAGACCACACAUCAAAUCGCAGAAUUUCGCUGACAAGAAUCUCUACUGUGCCGGCGAUGUGAACAAUGUUUGUCUCUCGGGACUUUGCUAUGAUUCGAUCAAUCUACUAGAUCAACGAAUAUCCUCUGGUUGUGCGACGGUGGAAAUGUGCGCUAAAACUGAGUGCAAAUUGUUUGAGACAAAGUUCGUCUGUUGCUGUUCGGGAACAGUUUGUAAUGGGAAAUCAGCGAGUUUAUUGAGAUCUCGAUUGCGAAUCGAACAAGAGAGAAUGCCACCACCAAUCAUUUACAAAAUUGAUGGCAAGGCUCGAUUGAUCCCGAGAGAUGUCAAAGUGGAACAACAACAAGAGAAAAUGAUUGAAUAUGAAGAAAAAGAAGGAUUGAGUGCGGAGAAAUUUGAAGAAAAGAAGAAAGCAGAAGUGAUUGCUGAAGUUGAAUCGACUGAGCUGAGCAAAGAAUUAUCAAAAAACAUGUCAACUGUAGUCAAAUCAGCCGAAGAAUUACCCCAAUACACCCCGGGAAUGGCCACAAAGGGAGUGGCAGUGAAAAAAGUGGAUCCUACUCAAGUUGUGUCUCAAGAAAAAGAGAAUGAAGAAGAAUUGCCGAAAGUUGGAGAAAUGAAAGAUGAGGAGAAAGCUGUAACUGAAUCGGGAAUCCAGAAUCCAGCUGUUCAAGAGAAUCCAGUAACCACUAACCAAGAGAUUAAAGAGGAUUUUGUUGUGGAGAAAAAGGAGGUGAAAUUGGAAGCAACGACUGAAGCACAAGUUGAAGAGAGCAAAGUUGAAUCAGUUGAAGAAAACGUUGAGCUGAAGACGAUUGAGCCAAUGGAAAAGGCUGUGGAAACAACAGAAGCUUUAGAGGAGGCGACUACUCAAGCAGCUAAACCUGCGUUGAUUCCCCUUACUGAAGGUCCAAUUGGCGGUGUUGGGUUGGGAGAUGAGACAACAACGACUGCUCCAAAGGAGCCAUACCUUCCUCCAUUUCGAUUACCAAUCAAGAGUGGCUCACAAGAAGAGACCGGAUCUACAGAAAAAACGACAGAAGAACCAGAAGAGUCUCACGUAGCUGAUGACGUUUUCUUCAAGCCGUCAAGCUCAGAGAAAGUUGAAGUGAACGAUGCUGUUGUAGCUGGUGUAAAGAUUCAAGCUGAGGAAUCAAAAGUUGAGAAGGUGGAAGAGCCAGUGGUGAAAGAUAUCGAAUCGGUUGAUGGUGAAAAGGUGGAGGAAUCUGAAGAACGCCCAGAAUUGGGAGUCGGCGCCGGUGAUGACAAGAGUGAAGAGGUGAAAACCGAGGCUCGCCCAUUGAACAAUAAGGAGAGCUCAGAAUUGGAAGGGGAUCCGCUGCCCGCUUCAAAACCAAAGAGAACUACAGCCGAUCAGCCGAUCAAAAAGACCAGCUCCAGUACUCUAAUCCCAGUGCUCAUCAUUUUGGCGAUUCUUGCUUUGAUUGCCGGUGGAGGAUUUGUUCUAUGGAGAAAAAAGAAAAUAAAUCCAAAACGACGAAAUCAACAACAGAAAAAGGAUACAGAAUUGGUUUUGGUUGAUCCAUUGUUAAGAGAAAAUCAAGAGAAAGUUGUCAACGAGACGAUCGAAGCGCCGUCACAAGCU